UCGUUUCCAUGGCAACGCGCGCAUCGCUCCCGCCGGCUUUGGUUGCCAUAGCAACGGCGACGCCGUUUCCAUGGCGGCGAGGCCCCGCCCCCUGCUCGCGGCGGUGAUCACGUGACCCGCUCGAUGCGCUCGGCGUGCGGCUCCCCCCGGCGGCGGGAACGGGCGGGCGAGUGACCACAGCGAGCGGGCGAGUGACCGGCAGAGUGACCACAGCCACCGUGUCCAACCCUCCGCCGGCGACAUGUCCACCGCCAUGAACUUCAGCWCCAAGAGCUUCACGCCGCGGCCGCCGGACAAGGGCGCGUUCCCGCUGGAUCACUUCGGGGAGUGCAGCGCCUUCAAGGAGCGCUUCAUGGAGUGUCUCCGCCACAGCGGCUACGAGAGCGCGGCGUGCCGGCAGAGCGCCAUGGCCUACCUGGAGUGUCGCAUGGACAGGCAACUUAUGGCUAAUGAACCACUGGAAAAAUUGGGAUUUAAAGACCUGAUAAAUGAGAAAUCAGAAGAAAAACCUGAGAAGUUGUGAUGA